AUGAGCCGUCCAAGCUUUGACCUACAUAAUAGCAGCGUACAAGCAUUGUUGCCAGAUCACUCCGCCGUGAAUACCCCGAUCCACACAACAUACUCAACAGACUCCUCCGCCAGUGCAACCCUAGAUGCCCUAUCAGCAAAGCAAAAAUCAAUCCACCUCCUCAAGACAGCCCUGGAAAAUCUCCCAUCCACAGAUAUCAACCUCAUAGUAACAGUCAUACUCCUUUUCAUCAACCUGGAGCUCAUCGACUCCGGCAAAAACGCAUGGAGAGCGCACGUCAAAGGCGCAAUGAAACUCAUCAGCUCUCUAAAGCCCUUCCAGAACGACCAACUAUCUCCAAUAGCAUUGAUUCGCGAUCGCAUCACGUCGGACUGCUUAACAUAUAACAACCAUCCUGAGACGCUCCGAAGCAAACAGCUAUCUCUCCUUCCCAACAACUCUCCUCCAGAUCCUCUUCCGGGCAUGCGAGCUAUCAAAUAUAGCCUUUACUCUUCCUGCCACCGAAACCCCCAAUCUAAUCAACGAAGCAUCCUCCUUACUAAAUGCCGCGCAAGCAUUCGAUGUAGAAGCCUGGGCCAACAACGUCGAAGGCGCCCCGACGCACCGGACCCUAAACCGUAUCCAUACAGCCCUCGCUCACCAAAACGCAAUAUGGACUCAGAGACAUUGGUUACUGAGAUAAUCCAUCAUCUUUCAUUCAUUGAUCCCAAGGAUCCUUUGUCUAAGGCUACAUCGUGGCCGACUUUUAUUGCGGGUGCGGAGACUGAUAACCCCGUGUAUCGGCAGUGGGCGCUAGAUCGGUUGAGUUUGUUAUGGAAUGUACUACCGUGGGGAUAUGUGCAGACUGCGGUGGAGGUUAUGCGGAUGGCUUGGAGGUUGAGGGAUGAGGCUAAUUCUGAUAUUAUGGGGUUAAGAUCAUGA